GUUAUCACCGACAGCACAAGUCGCUAUUGAAGGCUCCUAGGCGCAAACAUAAUUCUCUCUCAACGUUUUUCAUCUUCCAAAACGUGUUUUUUAUAAUUUCAAUACCCAAAUCAGAAACCAUCGUGAGUUCACCCAUAGUGUCAGCUCUGACGCCUUCAUGGGCCAGGUUGUGUUUUCUUUGAUGUAUCCCCAGACAGGAUCGUGUUUUGUGCAACGAAAUGUAUCCGAGACUGAGUUAUGUACGCUUCUACCACAAAUUGAUGUCCGUGUUUGCUUUCGAAGUGGGAAGCACAACUCGAAGGCCAUCUCGAAUAUUCACAGAUGAUCACUUAUUAUUUUCCAAUUUAUUUACAUCAAGGCUUUCUCUGUUGGGAACGAUCAUUGAUUUCUUUGUAUUUUGCUUAUAUGGGACUCUUUUUGCGUGGAAUGGUCAUCGAUUUUGUUUCAUACAGGGCAUGGGAUUGAUCAAAUCUUUACUUUCCUUUUUCACCUGACCCUCUUUGUGACCUUUCUUUUCCUUUCAUUAUGACCCUCUCCGUGAGAAUGGUCACUAACACAAAAAAGGUUGUUUUAUGGCUCUUACUUUUUACUUUUUAGGUUUAAACCCUUCGUUGGUCCUCAAGUUUGUAUGAAAAUCUCAGUUGGGUCCUCAAGUUUUUUUCUGUCUCAAUUGGGUCAUAUUUUUUGUAAAAGUGAGCACAUUUUGCCAUAACCGUUAAGUGUUGUGAAACGGCGUUAAAAUGGUGUGAGCUGGAUUUUUCAAUUUACGGACGUGGCAUUGUGCAUUAAAAUUGACUGUUUGUUGUUUUUAUCCACGUAGGCUACGAAGCCCUAACAUUUAAGGGCAUCCCAUCUCAUCCAAAGUAUAUUCUCCUGUUGGAGAGGAUCGUGUUUCGUCUUGGUGAACCAGAGCUGGUGUCUUACGUCUUGGACAAGCACUGUUGAGGAGGUGGUAAGGAUGUCUCGUUCAUCUUCCUCUUGCCAAUGUUUGGGUUCGGCCAUGCAACGCAGUAGUGGCAGUGUUAGGAGCUUCGAUGGAAACCCAAGAUGCCUCUGUGGUCACAGUGCAGUGUUUCGUACUGCGAGAACCCCUAAGAACAAGGGGAAAAAAUUAUGGGGUUGCCCUAACUUCAAGGGUGGGAGUGGAGAAUUGGUUGGUUGCAACUUCUUCAAGUGGUGCAUUGACGAAGGAAAUGAAGGAAAAUGGCUGAAUGUAGAAGAAAGGACUGAUAGUGAAAGAACUGAAGAAGUGGGUGUGAUGAGCAUGGAAGACAGUGUGUUGCAAAUGGAAGAAACAUAUUGUCCAAAGAUCAGACUGGGUUGUAUAGAGAAAAGUUUAGUUAAGUUAGAUAAGUGGUUUAAAUUGUUGGUGGGGAUGAUCUUUGUCAUAUUUGUUUUGAAUGUAAUUGUAUUAGCAAUGUUGGUGAAAGUUGGUUGAUGCUGUGUCAUCUGUGAUCAGAUUUCAAACUUGGGUUAUAUGUAAUGUGUUUUUUAUUAAUGUUAUCAGACU